AUGGGUGUGACUCUGGGUAGGAUGAGGGUGAGGAGGGCUGGGGGCACCUUGAAGGACAUGUUUGUGUGAGGCCUGGGUGUUAGUGGGUAUGUGACCAGAUGAAGGUGUCAGAGGUUUUGGGGUGGCCUGUGUGAGAUGGGGUGGGGAUGGUGUGGGAAAGAGGAGAAGGAGCGAUAUUCCCUGAGACUGCUGUGUGUAGCGAGGCGCUAUGGAAAGCCUGUGUGUGUGUGUGUGCGCGCGCGCACACACACGCAAGCCACACGCUGCCACAAUAGCCACAGCCCUGCUCUAUCUCGGGAACCCCCCCAAGCAGAGGAAGGAGAUCUUUAUCUUGUCCCAAGGUACCUGCGGGAGUUUCAAACUUUCUCACCAGCCUGAUCUGCCCCUCCCAGCCCCAGGCCCUGGCCCCCAAUCUUUUGCACAGGAAGUGGGCUGGCCUUGGGGUUUAGUGUUUGCGGCUCCAUCGCCCGUCUGCUACUUGGGCCGUGAAGCCGGAGCAGGACCGCAGGGAGAUGGCCACAGCUCCAGCAACAAGGACUAGAGAGACUGUGCCACAGCCUCAUGUCUCAGCCAGGGCCUCCUUCCCCAGCUCCACCCCAUGGUUGUGAUGGCAGCUCCUCCUCUGUCCUGGCGUCUGCCCCUCCUCGUUUUCCUCCUCCCCUUGGCCAUCCCUCGGCUGUCCGCAGCGGUGAAUGCAGACACUUCCACACUCACGUGUUUCUACAACUCGAGGGCCAACAUCUCCUGUGUCUGGAGCCAGGAUGGGACUCUGCAAGCCACAGCCUGCCACGUUCACGCCAAAUCAAAUAGGCGGCAAUGGAACAAAAGCUGUGCACUCCUCCCCACGUUGCAGGACUCCUGGGCCUGUAACUUGAUCCUCGGACCCCCAAAUUCUCAGAAGCUGACAGCAGCGGAUAUUGUCAACAUAAGUGUGACGUGCCUCGAAGGAGAGAGGUGGAGGAUGGUGAAAACCGAGGACUUCAAGCCCUUUGAGAACCUUCGCCUGAUGGCCCCCGACUCCCUCCGAGUUGUCCAUGUAGAGGCCCAGAGGUGCAAUGUCACCUGGACUGUCCCCCAGUUCUCCCACUACAUAGAAAAUUACUUGCAGUUCGAGGCCCGGACACAAUCCUCAGGCCACAGCUGGGAGGAGGCCGCCCUGCUGAGACUCAAGCAGAACCAGCAAUGGAUUUACCUGGAGUCACUGGCUCCAGACACCACUUAUGAGCUGCAGGUGCGUGCCAGGGCCAGUAAAGGCAGCAACGCGACCUGGAGCCCCUGGAGCCAGCCCCUGGUCUUUAGGACGAAGCCUGCAGCCCCGGAGGAGACCCCAUCCGUUUCUUUGUUGUUACACGUGAUGCUGGGCCUCAUCGGUGCUACCGCCUUAAUCAUCUUAUUCUACCUGCUGGCCAACUUCCAGUACAUCAAGCCGUGGUUGAAGAAGGUUCUGAAGUGCCACAUCCCAGACCCUUCGGAGUUCUUUUCCCAGCUGAGCGCAGAGCACGGAGGAGACUUCCAGAAGUGGCUCUCCUCGCCCUUCCCCUCGUCCUCCUUCAGCCCCGGCGGCCCAGCGCCCGAGAUCUCCCCACUGGAGGUGCUGGAGAGGGACGCCAAGGCUACGCAGCUGCUCCUGUGGCCCCAGGACAAAGCGCCCGUGCCCUCGCCCAGCAGUCACUCGCACACCAGCUGUUUCACCAACCAGGGCUACUUCUUCUUCCACCUCCCGGAUGCCCUGGAGAUCGAGGCCUGCCAGGUGUACUUUACCUACGACCCCUGCACUGAGGAGCUGGAUGAGGGCAGGCCUGGGGCACCUGCAGUGUCUCCCCUGCUAGCCCUGCCACCACUGCCAGGGGAGGAUGACGCCUACUGUACCUUCCCUCCCGGCGACGACCUGCUGCUCUUCUCCCCCAGUCUCCUCACUGGCCUGGGCCCCCCAAACAUGGCUCUCGGGGGCAGUGGAGCCGGGAAGGAGAGGUUGCCGCCUUCCGUUCAUGGGGGAGUUUCUGGAGACUCAGACCUCAGACCCCUGGGGCCUCCCACCCCAGGAGCCCCAAGCCUAGUGGCUGACCAGUCACUCCUGGAGCCGGCACUGGGCGAAGCCGGAGAGGAAGCCCCUGUCCCCGGCUCUGGGGAGGGGGCUGGUUCCUCCAUGGCCACCCUUCCUAGGCAGGGCCAGGCCGGGGCCCUUAUCUCCCGCCUGGCCCUGAACACGGAUGCCUACCUGUCCCUCCAAGAGCUCCAGGCUCAGGACCCAGCUCUCUCGGCAUAGACAGAUGGCCAAGGUGGGAGGCCCCACACACUGUGUCCUCUUCCAAACCGCAACUGCUGCUUGCUUGUCCCAUCCCCGGGCCAGGAACUGGGAAAGGGGUUGCCUUUGACCUUCCAUCGCCUCAUCAAUCGUGGAGUCGGGUGGGUUUUGCCUCCUAAGCACCCCUUCUCUCCAGCCCCUCCUCUCUAGCCCUGUAGCUGCUCACUGACAUCAGUUCUCAUGGCUCUCCAGGGGUCACCACCUGCCUCCUCACUGGCUGCCUGCCCUGUCUUGCCCCCUCCCACCCGUGUUCCACAGGGCAGCCAGAGCACUCCGUUCAAAUCACAAAUAUGGCCAUACUACUCCUCUAACACUGAGCGUGGCUCCCCACUGCCCUCUGCAUCAGACUUACACUCCUCAGCCUAGCUUGCCCCUGCACAUCAUACUGGGACACUCCCUUCGGGAACCUCACAAGGUUCCUACUGGAUGAAACCACCUGUAGCUGCCUCAUCCCCCCAUACCUUCGCACACUGUUCCCUGUGCCUAGAGUGCCCUCUCCUCAUCUAUGUGACAAACCUCCCUUAUCCUUCAAGGGUCAGUCUGCUUCCCCUGGAGGAAAACACUGACUUCCUUAAUGUACCAAAGCUUCCAGAUUCAGCCCUGGAAGAAGCUCUGGGGGCCACAGGACAAUCCCACAAACUGGCCCUGUCAUUUUCCCCUUCAGAUCUCUCGUGACCUCUGAACACUUGGCUGUCAUGGUUGUUACCUGCCGUUGAGUCAGCUCCAACUCACAGUGAUCUUAUAUAUAACAGGACAAAAUGUUGCCUGAUCCUGUGCCAUCUUCAUGACCAUUUGAGUGCCUUCCAUCUUAGGGGGCUCAUCUUCCAGCACUAUAUCAGACAAUAUUCUAUUGUGAUCCAUAGGGUUUUCAUUGACUAAUUUUCAAACGUCGAUCGCCAGACCUUUCUUCCUAGUCUGUCUUUGUCUGGAAGCUCCACUGAAACCAGCCUACCAUGGGUGACCCUGCUGGUAUUUGAAAUACUGGUGGCAGAGUUUCCAGCAUCAUAGCAAGAUGCACCCACUACAGUAGCACAAGAUGACAGAUGGGUGGUGGGAACACUUGACUAUUACACCCUUAACACUGUGGUCCAGGUAUGAACCCAAACCUCCCAACAAAGUGGACACUGGGUGGACCUUCCCAUGAUGGCUUCCAGACUCACGAGGGCUGCUGCUAGGAAGAACUGCCUGGUGGGGGUGGGG